AUGUCUUUACCAGAGCUAUUAACUAAUCUCAUGCAUACACAAACAUUAUCAUUGUCUUUACAAAAUGCAUCGUCCAAUUAUGACCCUAAAAAUCAGAGCAUAUUCUCUUCAUAUUCUAUCGAUUUAUUUCGUUCCAGAACUGACCCUACUGAUAACCCUACUCCCGUAAAUUUUGUUCGUUCAAACAAUGAAGUUACGACUGAUCCGGUUAAUGUCAGAACUCAACAAGCCACUCUUCAUAAUGAAGCCAAUUCUUCUCAUCCCAUCAGCCUUACUGACAGUAGACCAUACCAAUCUAAUUCUACUCCAGUUACAACUGGUGAAAACUCUCGACCAGGAGUUCUUGAUGAUCGAAAAUUUCUUUAUACGAACAUUAAUACGGUUGAAUUUCCGUUAAACAACAAUCGUUUAAAUAUAGAUUCUGAACCUUUUAAACUUGAUAUUGAUCCAAAAUUAUCCUUAUAUGACCAUUUUAACCGUAGUACCGAUAAAAAGACAAUCAACCCUUUAAAAAACGAUGAUCAUCACUCAUUAAACUCUGACGAUCAAAAAUCUAUUAAUUCAAUUUCUAUAUCAAAAAAUACCCCUUCGUCUUCAAAUAUUCCUAACAAAAGUAUUCGUUCUUCUCAUUCUGAUAUUUACAUAUCAACUAAUUCUUCCUACGACAAUCAUAUGUCUGUUCCGGUUCCUGUUUCUACUAGAUCUUUAUCCAUGGCUAGACGUUAUUCGAAUACUUCUCACGUUCGUAAACCUGGUCAUGUCCGAAGUAGAUCAUGUGAUAAUCAAUCUAAUCAGUAUGUAAAUACUUCAAAAUUUAAUAAAAAUUCGUUAACUAUAAACGGUUCAAAUCAAGCUUUAAAUCAGGUUCCUCAAAAUUUUUUUAUUAAUAAUUCAAAUAAUUCUGGUCAUUCUCUACCUAUCACUAUGGAUAAUUAUCAAUUUGAUAAUUCUGAAAAUAUUAAAAAACGACGUUUCACUUUAAUGGCUCCAUUAUCAUAUAAAAGAUUUAUUAUAUUUGGAAAACCGAAAAAAACUUUUCCUGCUUAUAUAAAAGCUAUUAAAGCUUUAGAAGAGAUGCAAUUUAAUGAAGCUAUCAACUUAUUUUCUUUAGUUUUAGUUAAAUAUCCUCAAAGUUAUUCUGUUAGAUGUGAUCGUGCUUACGCUUCUUAUCAAAUUGAAGAUUGGGAUAGAGCAAUGGAUGAUUUAAAUCACGCUAUAUCAAAAAAACCAAAGAAAGCUCGUGCUUAUUCUCUUAGAGGAGAAUUAUAUAGAUUAAUAUCUAUGUAUGAAAAAUCUUUAAUCGAUUUAAAUAAGUCCCUUAAAUUACAAAUUAAUAUUUUUUCCUUAAGAUCACGUGCUGAAGUUUAUAUCGCAAUUGGUCGAUAUAAUGAUGCAAUAAUUGAUUUAAAUUCUGCUUUAGAAAUUAAACCAAAAAAUAUUUCUUCAAUGAUAAGACGUUCAAAAGUUUAUUGUUUACUUGGAAAAUAUCAUGAUGCUAUAACAGAUUUAAAUAUUGCUUUGGAAUUAGAUCCAAGUAAUAAUAUGAUAACUGCUUCAAUAUUAUCAAAUCGUGGUGAAAUUUCUAGAUUAAUGGGACGUAAUGAUUUAGCUCUUGCUGAUUUAAAUUCUUCUUUAUUACUUAUUGAUGAUAUUUUAACAUUAGAAAGAAGAGGUAAUUUAUAUAUAUCUUUGGGAAAUCAUAAUAAUGCUCUAACAGAUUUUGAAAGGAUUUUACAACUUAAUCCUAAAUAUUUCUCUGCUCAUAAAAAUAUUGCAAAUAUUUUAUUUAAAUUUAAAAUUUAUGAAAAAUCUCUUUUACAUUUAAAUAUUGCUUUACAAUUAAAAUCUGAUGAUUUUUCUUUAUUAAAAAUUAGAGGUUUAAUUUAUCAAACAAUUGGACGUUAUAAUGAUGCUAUAAAAGAUUAUAAUUUUGCUUUAAAUCUUAAUCCUAAUGAUUUAGAUUUAUUUAAAUAUCGUGGUGAAACUUUUAGAUUAAUUCGAAAUUUUGAUAAAUCUUUAAAAGAUUUUACAAAAGUUUUAGAAUUAGAUCCAAAAAAUGUUUAUGCUCUUACAAGACGUGGUGAAAUUUUUAGAAUGUUAAAACAAGGUACAAAUGCUUUAAGGGAUUUAGAUGAAGCUAUAAGACUUGAUCCUGAUAAUUUAAUGGCUAGAGAAAGUCGUGGUGCUAUGAAUAGAACUUUGAGAAGAUAUGAAGAAGCUUUAAGAGAUCUUGAUGAUGCAAUUUUUCUUAAUCAAAAUAGUACUUUUGCUCUUAGUAAUCGUGCUGCUGUUUUUCAUAUGUUAAGAAGAUGUAAUGAAGCUUUAUUUGAUUUGAAAAAAGCUUUAAAGAUUGAUCCGAAACAUGUAUUUGCUUUAGAAACUAGAAGUGCUUUAUAUAACUUUUUGGAAAGAUAUAAUGAUGCUUUAGCUGAUUCUAAUAAGGUUUUAGAAUUAGAUCCAAAAAAUGUUUGGGCAUUGACUUAUAGAGGUGAAGCACUUCAUGGAUUAAAAAGAGAAAAAGAAGCACUUCAAGAUUUAAACAAAGUAUUGGAAAAUUUUCCUGAUUGGGAAUACCCUUUAUCAUUACGUGGUGCUAUUUACCGAUCUUUGAACAUGAAUAAGGAAGCAUUGUCAGAUUUGGAACGUGCAUUAAAUCAUACAAAAGAUAAAGCGUUUAAUAUUGAUUAUGAAACUAAAGCUUUAUGUAAUCGAGGUUCCGUUUUAUUUAGAUUGGGACAUUAUAAUGAUGCUUUGAAUGAUUUUAAUAAGGUUUUAUUAAGAGACCCGACAAAUUCAUUCGCCUUGAAAGAACGAGGUGCAGUUUAUGAGGCCUUAGGAAAGAAGGAUAAAGAAUUGAUGGAUAUCAAUAAUCUAUUGAUAACAGAACCUGAGAAAUCCUGA